UUCAACUUGAAUUCAGUUGGAGGUGAAACGACCGCCAAGUGGUUGGGUGACUUAACGAGCGCUGAUCGUGUAUAAUUACUAUAUCAAGGGAAUAAUAUUACUAUUCUGAGUUCUUUCCUAAGAAUACUAUAUUCAUCUGUGAUAAAAUCUGAGUUGAAACAUUUUAUAGUUAUGUCCUGGAUCGUAGCCCUACUUAUUCUUUAUAUAAUCUGGGACGUAAACUAUUUCAUCCGUUGCGUUUUCACAGUGUUCUGUGGCCGUUUACUUCAGAAAAAGAGGAAAAUCACAGACACAACAACUAUCUACGGUCUUUGUACUUCUCAAGAUGUGGACAUUUUUUUUCGCCACAUGAAUAAUGCCCGUUACCUUCGAGAGCUAGAUUUUGCACGUUUCCAUUUUUAUGGAUUGACAGGAUUAUACGAGGAAGUGUGCAAAGUGAAAGGUGGAGCGGUUCAAGGAGCUUCUAGUGUCCGCUAUCGGCGAACUAUUCCUAUUUUCCACCCAUAUAAAAUUCAAACUCGCCUCGUGUGGUGGGACGAUAAGGCCAUUUACUUGGAACAACAGUUCGUAACCUUGGCCGAUGGUUUCGUACGCGCUGUUGCAUUGUCCAAGCAAUGCAUUACGAAUUGCAAUGUUUACGAUAUUAUUAAGAAAUUCCCGGAAGGAAAGACUCGUCCUGAUAUGCCAGAGGAAUUGAAAUUAUGGUUAGACGCAAUUGAGGUAUCUAGCCAGAAGCUGCGUAAGGAUAAGUGAACUUCGUAAACUGGAUUGUUAAGUUUUUAGCUUAAGCAUUAGUUAAUUGGUGAUAAGUUUCUGAAGCAGGAAUUGUGUUGGAUAUAUGUGUAUAAUGAAUAAAUUUUUUUAAAUAGUUCA